UGUACCCAUAAACCCAAAUACACCUUCCAUUGUCUUUUUCUUCGCCUUGUCUCAGGUGUAAUGUUCGUCUCGUUUGCAUCCAAAGUCCUCGCCCUAACAGCAGCUGGUUCGCCUUUCUGGUCAUUUGCUGUAGUCUAUUACCUGUUUGUAGAAAAGGUUGUUUCAGAAUAAAAGAUGCAUAAUUUCAUAUAGGGAUUCUUGAAGUAAUUUAUGAGGAAAUAAAAGUGAAAAGGGAUCUUUUAUCUAGAUGUGUUCGAGGAAUUUGAAUUGAAGCUCUCGCAGGAUUUUGGAUUUACUGCUAGUCGGCCAGGGUUUUGCGGAGAAUCUGAGUCAUAUCUGAACUCUGGAAAAGAACCUUUUAUUAAGGGUAAAGUGGUAUAGACUGUUUUAAAGGGAUUGGUUCUGUGGGUUUGAUCUAAAUUUGUUUAUUGGUAAUUAUGGAAGGAAAUUUAGCAUCAGGGAGCAUGAUGCCAGGAAAUGGUUCCUUUGGUGGUCUUGAUUUACAAGGUUCUAUGCGAAUACAUCAUCAACAACCAAACCCUUUUUCCCUGCACCAGCAUAAUCAAUCUCAUUCCAGACAAGGGUCAAUGGCUCAUCAGACAAUCCAUGAGAAUUUUCCUCUCACAAUUGGAAGCAUGCAAGAGCAUGAUCAUACUAUUUCUUUGGCGGAUUUUAACAAGGGAGAUAAGGCUAAAUGUGUGAGUGAUGAGGAUGAGCCAAGUUUUACUGAAGAUGCUGCUGAUGGCCACAAUGAGAGCAGUAAAGGGAAGAAGGCGUUUCCGUGGCAACGUGUGAAAUGGACUGAUACAAUGGUUAGGCUCUUAGUUACUGCUGUUUCCUACAUAGGGGAGGAGGCUACUGCAGAUUAUGGUGGAGCCAGAAGGAAAUUUGCUAAUUUGCAGAAAAAAGGAAAAUGGAAGUCAGUCUCAAAGGUCAUGGCUGAAAGGGGCCACUUUGUUUCACCUCAGCAAUGUGAGGAUAAAUUCAAUGACCUCAACAAAAGGUAUAAGAGACUUAAUGAGAUACUUGGAAGGGGAACUUCUUGUGAGGUGGUUGAGAAUCCUGCACUUUUGGACAUGAUGGAUCAUGUAUCCGAGAAAGCAAAGGAGGAGGUAAGGAAAAUCCUCAGCUCAAAGCAUUUGCAUUAUGAAGAGAUGUGUUCUUAUCACAACGGAAACCGUUUACAUUUGCCUCAUGACCCUGAAUUGCAACGGUCAUUGCGCUUGGCUCUCAGAAGUAGAGAGGAUCCAGAUGAGAAUAAUAUUAGGAAGCACCCAGCAGAUGAUAAUGAAGAGGAUGAUCAGGAUGCUGAAUUGGAUGAUCGUGAAGACUACGAGGAGAGUCAUGCUUUGCAUGCAGAACGAAUGCCAUAUGGUAUUUCUGGGAGUUCCUCUAAAAGGAUAAAGCAUGGUCAUGGCAAUGAAGAUGGCUGUUAUGGUCAUUCUUUUAGUGCUUUAGAUUGUAGCAGAAAUUUAAUUUUUCCAUCACAGAGUGCACCUACUGAUGUGAACCAAGUGAUGCCACAAGGCAUGAAAGCAAAUCUUUUGCAAAAGCAGUGGAUGAGUCAUCGGUCACUUCAAUUGGAAGAGCAGAAGCUGCAAAUUCAGGCCCAAAUGUUGGAAUUGGAGAAAGAGCGUUUCAAAUGGCAAAAAUUUAGCAGGAAAAAGGACAGGGAAUUGGAAAGAAUGAAGAUAGAAAAUGAAAGGAUGAAACUUGAAAAUGAACGCAUGGCAUUGGAGUUGAAGAGAAAGGAGAUGGGUAUUGAGAGUAAUUAAGCUACAAUUGUAUUGGGAAGGAAGGUUUGAGCAUACAGGAGGGUUAUUUUGUCUUCAUGAGCUGCCACCUGACUUCAUGUUUGAUAGAAGUAAAGAAGUUGGCUGUAGACCAUCUUUGUAGACCAUCGUUGGCUGACAUAUUUGUGUUAGAUGCUUGUAUUGGAGGGCUGUCUUUACUCACUGCUUGGCUUUAAAUGCUGUUGAAUAUCGGGCUUGGACACCUUGUAAUGCCUUAGUUAGCCAUAUUUGCCGUUGUAGCUAUUGACCAGUUAAUAAUAGGUAGAACUUUGUUGUUAAAAGAAUUUCUUGCAGUGAAAAUAUUUGUAUGUCAAAUGUCCUACUCUAAUUCAUAUGGAACACACAUUAUGCA